AGCGCGGCCCCAGCUGCGCACCGUGGUCAGAGCGUCCGUCAGUCACACGCCGAGAUUAAAACCGCUGCCAUGAGCGAGAGACAAGCAUCUGGAGCGACGACUGGAAACAGCAAACCGUCUGCUGGACAAGGACGACCAACAGUCCAGCAAAAGGCUCCAGCCAAGAAUGAGAAGAAGAACAACCUCCCUCAGGACUUCGACAUCGACAUGGAGGACCCGGAGACGGAGAAGGCGGCCGUUGCGAUCCAGUCACAGUUCAGGAAAUUCCAGAAGAAGAAGCAGGACCUGAAGUCGUAGAGGCCACUGGGCGUGGUCCUGCAUGCCAGUCAAACUGCAUGGUCAGUGCGCUGCCUGUCGAGCUGACAGCUGUGUGUCUCCAGCUCUCUCCUCUAGUCUCAGCCCUUUAGUUUCCAGCUUUGUCUGUUACACGUCAUUUAUCAUGGAUCUCUGCAUCAUAAAUGUUCAACCAGCAACUUGGUUUGUCAAGUUUUUUUUUUUUUUUUUUUUGCCGUGGACGUGUCUGAGCAAAUGAACAGAUGUGUUCACAGUUCUAAACAACAAACAAAAGAAAGAAUAGUUCAACACGAAGCGAUGACUUUGCUCACUCACAUCACGGAUGUGUAUUUUGGAAACUUGUCUGACGGAGGGGAAUGUGAAGCUACAACUGCACGUCACUCUCAGCAGGUGUCAGCGAGGAAGAAGUCCACAGUCUUGUAUUUAUUUCCCUAAAAACCCUGCUGCUGUGUGAUGCCAUGAAGGCGUGUGUGUGUGUCACUGGUCUUCACCUCACUGAUGAAGCAUGUUGGUUUCAAGUUAACACGUUUAACUGCUUGAUAUUUAGUAAUGAAUAAAGACUUUCACUGGAACUUGGUUUUUGCGGUGGUGCCGAUGAUCAUUGUCGUGGACAGAUGGUAUGUUGUGAAUAAAACUGUGGGAAAAUAAGGAGGAAACACACCCUGGUGAGUGUUUUUUAUUUUUUUAUAUAUAGUCACGGAGAUGAACAUUAAGAUUUGAGUAUAUGUUGAAUAAGAAUCUGACUUCCUUCUUGCUUCUAUCCACUAGAACAGCAACUUAAAAGUAUUUUAAUGUAAAUGCGCACACAAAGUUAUUAGAAAUAAUAGAAAACUUAGUGUAAAAGCAGUGGUGGGACUUACAAGUUAAUUACGAUUAAUUAAUUACAAAAAUAUUUAAGCAUUUAAUCAUUUUAAUUUUAUGUAAAUUAAUUUAAUGUAACAGUUUGCUCUCCAGACAACAGGGAACCUUUGUAAGUGCAGGAGUUCCUGGUCCACUGAUCACACUGAUGCACAAGACACGUGGCAGCUGGGAUGAUAACAACAACAACAAACAUGGAGGAAUCCCUGAACAAAAGCAAACAAAAGCAUCUGUUUGCUUUUGUUCAGGGA